CAGCAACGUUAAUGCGCAUGCGCGUCAAAGCUUUAUGGACGAAAAAGGUCACGAACUCUGACCCUCUCGACAAUUUCAGAAAACACUUCCAAUAUUAUUGCAUUGAAAGCAAUAAAUUUUAUUACAUAUCGGAUUUUCAAAAGGUAGGAGACAUUCGUUACUGCGAAAGUACGCGAGACUCAUGAGUAUCGCGCUGUUGGAGAAGCAGGAAGGAAGUUGCCAUUAGCUACUAGCUAACAACCAGCUAACAUAGCUUCUCAUAGUCUGGAGCUACACUGAGGUUUGGUGUGUAUGCCUCAUGGGGCACUGAUGUGAGGAGCGGCGGAUGAAGGUGUGCGCAGUAUUAGAAUGGAUGGACAGACUCACAAGAUUCAGCUUGUGUCAACAGACAACAGCAUGGCUUUAGGACAUCGAAUCCAGAUCGUAACUGAUCAGCAGACCGGGCAGAAGAUCCAAAUUGUCACAGCACUUGAGCCAUCCUCCCCGGGGAAACAACAGUUCAUCUUGGCGAAUGCCGACUAUUCCCAUGGCGGGAAGGUGAUUCUGGCCAAGCAGGAAUGCUCUCCUAACAAGGUGAUCCUCGCCUCUUCGGAUGGCUCCGGGGUCAACCAGCUGCUUUUUGCUGCCCCCGAACUGGCAGGACAGCAGAUUCAGUUUGUGACUGACAGCUCGGACCAGUCUAUCAUCAAGCCUGUGGUGGAGUACUGUGUUGUCUGUGGGGACAAGGCAUCAGGGCGUCACUAUGGAGCCGUCAGCUGCGAGGGCUGCAAGGGCUUCUUCAAACGUAGCAUUAGAAAGAACCUGGUUUAUACCUGCAGGGGAUCUGGAGAAUGUGCCAUUAAUAAACUACACCGAAACCGCUGCCAGUACUGCCGACUACAGCGCUGUAUAGCUUUGGGCAUGAAGCAGGAUUCUGUGCAGUGUGAACGCAAGCCCGUCGAAGUUGCCACCAGAGAGAAAUCGAUGAAUUGUGCGGCCUCCACGGAAAAGAUCUACAUCCGAAAGAACCUUUGUAGUCCUCUGGCUGCCACGCCCACUUUUGUAUCUGAGAAGGAAACUGCUCGAUCUACAAGUUUGCUUGAGUCUAGCAUGUUGCUCAACAUCCAGCAGCCCUUCCCUAAGCUGGAAAACACCAUCCUGAUUCCAGCAUCCCCUGAUAAGGAUGAUCUAUCUCAAGGGGACCUUGGUACUUUAGCAAAUGUAGUGUCAUCACUCGCCCACCUCAACAAGGCCAGGGAGCUGAGCGACGGCGGGAACGACGUAUUGGGAGCCGAAACUCUCAGCAACGGCGACGGCUCCAUGUCGGACAUCAAAGUUGAAGAUCACACUGCGAGUGAUAUCACCAGAGCUUUCGACACGUUGGCCAAAGUCCUACAUCCUGACGACGGCUCGGCCGGAGAAUCUUUAGAAACCACCAUGCAGCUGAUGUCGGGGGACCAGUCGGGUCCAGUGGUGGAGCUGGAUGGGCCUGUGCUUUCUGAGAGCCAUAUCCCUUUCAAGCUUAUGAUGCCUUUGCCGGUACCAGAGUACCUCAAUGUCAACUACAUCUGUGAGUCCGCGUCCCGGCUACUUUUUCUCUCUAUGCACUGGGCACGCUCCAUACCUGCCUUUCAAGCCUUAGGUGGACAAGACAAUGACAUUAACUUGAUGAAAGCCUGCUGGAAUGAACUUUUUGCCCUGGGCCUGGCACAGUGCUCCAACAUUAUGAAUGUUGGUACCAUUCUAAGUGCUAUUAUCAACCAUCUGCAGACCAGCUUACAGGAAGAAAAGCUGUCCCCGGAGAGAGGAAAAGUGGUAAUGGAGCACAUCUGGAGGAUGCAGGAGUUCUGUAACAGCAUGUCCAAGCUGUCCCCAGACUCUUAUGAAUAUGCCUACCUCAAAGCUAUUGUUCUCUUCAGCCCUGAUCACCCCGGCAUAGAUAACAUCCCGCAGAUCGAGAUGUUCCAGGAAAAAGCGUACAUGGAGCUGCAGGACUACGUUACGAGGACCUACCCCGAGGACUCUUAUCGGUUAUCCAAGCUGUUGCUGCGUCUUCCGGCCCUCAGGCUAAUAAGCGCAGCUGUCACGGAGGAGCUGUUUUUCGCCGGGCUCAUCGGCAACGUGCAGAUUGACAGCAUCAUCCCUUACAUCCUCAAGAUGGAAUCCACUGAUUAUAACAGCCAAGCGGGCUCUGGUGUCUGACAAACGGACAGUGCCAUUUAACAAAGAAAACGAAAAAGUCAACAUUUGGAUUGCAAAAGGUUGGCAAACAAAGCAUUUAGAGAACUCAUCAAACUGGUUUUUGAAUGAGUAUAACAAACUAGAUUCAUGGCUCGUUAUCCGUUUUCAAUUCUGUUUUCUCUCUUAGCUUCUCUUCUCCAUACGCUGUCAGCUGGGCUCAGCUCGCUAAUGGGACAACCUGCAGAGACUCCGAGAAUUCAAUUCUUAAAACCUGCAUAGCAGAUUUAGCUUUUUACUGUAUAGUAUUUUAUGCUUUGUACCCUUUACGCCUUUGUUUUUCUGAAAAACUCAUUUGUAUUUUGAUUGAAGCAGCAUGGUUUGUUGUUUUUUGUUUUUUGGGGGUUUUUUUGUAUUCAUUACUUCUCCGACAUGGCCAUGCUUUUUUAUGUUAGGGUGGUUACAACAAAAGAAAAUGUGAAAUAAAUUUGUGAGCUCUUCUCGUCAAAGGUUAUUUAUGGCUCACUAGUUUGCUAAUCCGACGGAUUAGCAGCAUUUUAGCAUCAUGUGGAUCUGAAGUAACUGUAUAUAUAUUUAUAUAUAAAAUGCACCAAAAAAAAGCUAUACAGUCAACAUUUGGUAAUUUGUGUAUUCUGUCAUUUUGGACAAGGAAAUGUUGAUGGAUAAAGAUGGUCGUGUCAUUUGAAAAUAAAAACAUCUUUCAGUCUUU